AUGGCCAUCGUCCCGGAGAGCCUCGGUAGCGGCCGCCUCGGGGAGAACUCGGAAAAAGACCCUUAUUCUCAUACAGCCCCAAUCCAAGAUUCUCGGCUGGUUGAUGAGGGCAGCUCUGGAGUUCGUCGAAUUGAGGUUAUCAACUCGCACUUCCGCCUCAUUGAUCGCAUCUGCCUGUUCGUCGGUGUUUUCCUUAUUGCCUACGUUUACGGUCUAGAUGGAACGGUGCGGUUCACAUACCAGCCCUAUGUUACCCAAAGCUUUGGCCAGCACAGUCUUCUCGCAACCAUUAAUGUCCUCCGUGCUGUCAUCGCCGCUGCCGCUCAGCCUACCGCUGCCAAGAUUGCGGAUGUUUUCGGUAGAAUUGAACUUAUCGUUGUUUCGAUCAUUUUCUACACCGUAGGCACGGUGAUCGAGGCGUGCGCGAAGAACGUAGAGACUUUCUGCGCAGGAGCUGUAAUCUACCAGGUGGGAUAUACCAGCAUCAUGCUACUUGUCGAGGUUCUUAUCGCGGAUUUGACCUCUACACGCUCCCGUCUACUGUUCUCCUACAUUCCAGCUCUACCUUUCAUCAUUAAUACAUGGAUCAGUGGUAACCUUACCGCUGCCGUUCUAAAAGUCACAUCCUGGAGAUGGGGUAUUGGAAUGUUCUCCAUAAUUUACCCUGUCUGUACCCUCCCAUUGCUGACUGUCCUCCUGAUCGUCAACCGCCGUGCAAAGAAAUCUGGUCAAUUGGAACCAUAUAAGAGCUCUUUCGAUCUCCUCGGAGCUCGCCAAUUCACAGUCGCGCUUUUCUGGCACCUGGACACCAUUGGCAUACUUCUGACUAUUGUCAUAUUUGCCUGCAUUCUGGUGCCUUUUACGCUUGCCGGAGGUGUCAAGACAGCCUGGGGAACAGCGAAGGUUAUUGCUCCACUGGUCAUCGGUGUCUUGAUCAUUCCAGUGUGGGUCUACUGGGAAAACACUUGCAGGUACCCAAUGCUCCCUUUCAAGCAUCUCAAGAACCGUGGCGUAUGGGCUGCUCUUGGAAUUGCCAUUAUGCUCAACACAGCAUGGAAUCUCCAGAGUGAUUUCUUGUACACGGUACUCUACGUGAGCUUUGACGAGUCGAUUCUCAGUGCUACACGCAUCUCUUCACUGUAUAGCUUCGUAUCUGUGAUUACCGGGACUAUCCUUGGAUUCAUCAUCAUGAAGGUCCGCCAACUAAAGCCAUUCAUCAUCUUUGGCACCUUAUUGUUCACUGUCGCCUUUGGUAUUUUAAUUCAUUUCCGUGGUGGCAGUGGACACUCAAGCCACUCAGGUGUGAUUGGUGGCCAGAUUCUUCUGGGAAUUGCUGGUGGACUUUUCCCUUACCCUGCCCAAGCAAGCAUUCAGGCAGUCUCCAAGCAUGAAAAUCUUGCUGUUAUCACAGGUAUCUUCCUUGCUUCUUACAACAUUGGAAGUGCUCUCGGAAAUACUAUUUCCGGUUCCAUUUGGAACCAAGCCCUUCCAGGAGAGCUGAGCCGUAGACUGGGAAAUGAGACACUCGCAGCAUCUGUUUACAAAUACCCACUGGCGUUCGCGGCUGCGAAUCCUGUUGGUACUCCUGACCGGGACGAUGUGAUCCUUGCCUAUCAGCACACCCAGCGCCUCUUAUGCAUUGCAGGAAUCUGUCUGACGAUUCCCCUCAUUGGAUUUGCGCUUUGCCUGCGGAGCCCUAAACUUACCAAAGAGCAAAGCUUGGUCAAGGCAGGGGAAUCAUCGGAUAGGGAAGGUAAUUCGCAGUGA